UGUACCAUCUUCCAUGUAAACCAUUCCGCCAUCACAUGCCGAGUAUCCUGCCUGAGCGUAAUAAAGUUCUGUUCUGUUCUGUUCUGUCGACUCACUCUCCCAACCCGAGACUCUUCAUCGCCCUCCACCCUGACCACCACACGAAACACGCCGCGUUUAAUAGACCUCUAUUGUACGGUAACGCGCUAGUCUGGGUCGCGGAAUCUAACAUGACCUACUAGUUCUUUGUAGUGUCCUCUGAACAGCAAACACUACUUGCAAAACAAAACCAUACUUGCAUAAACCCAUGUCGUCGUUGAACAUAAUGACGCAUGAUCGAUUGCUUUUGUGGGAGUUCAAUAUUCAUGCCAUGACAACGCUCGGCCAUCUUCCAACGAAGAUCGAAUAUCAACCCGUAUAAUCCGCCCGGACACACUUCUUAACCGAGGCGAGAACGCUACAGGUAGAUGCACACCCGGAAACCUGUUCAAGUGGACACCACAGUGGUAUUGGUUUACACGUUGAUGGCCGCGCCUGGGGAUAUGUGUGGAUGUGUGUCGAUACCUCGAUCCUGUAUAUGUGCUGCCAGGAUUCGAUUGCCUGAUUGUUCAACGCAGGUAAUUCUCUGUGGCUCCAUAACUAGGACCAACCACAUGGAGACUGGGUUCAGUCGGCGAGAUGACAAGGAAGGGAGCCUUCAGGAUUGUUUCACUGAGAAAUUUCCUGGUACUGAUUGUGUUUGCUGUCUUCACGAUCCUCAUGGCUUACCAGUGGCGAAACGAGCUUCAAGUCUACCACAUAUUUGUCAACAGCUCACUGUCGAACCUUUAUCAACCCUCUGCUGCUAUGCUAAACGAGAGUCACAAUACUACAGGGCAUUUCCUCUGGACAACAACGGACUCUCGAGCAUCUUCUCCACGACAAGCAUCAACAACUGCAUCAACUCCACCUAAAGUGCAGACAACAACAACCCAACCAGUCAGACACAGCAUCAUAACAACCUCUCCAAAAAAUAUACUCACUACAUUGGCAGCUCUCAGCAAGAAGGGUACUACGACCACAACACCACGACCAGUAUUGACCACUGCACCUCCAAAACCAAAACCUAUAGUAUGUAAAAACCCAUUCAGGAACGAGUACAUACAGAAGAAGAACUUCCUGUGUUGUAGACCCAUUGGGAGACUCGGUAAUAUUCUGUUUCUGUAUGCAUCGUCAUAUGGGAUAGCAGCUGCUAAUAACAGAAGUCUGAUUGUUGAUAAGAAGUUAAGUCUGACCAAAUAUUUCAAACUAAAUGCUCAAACAGUGGAUGACUUUGAUUGUGUGAUCAGGGGAACGAGGGGGAUGGGUUCUAGGGCGGACUGUACGUUCGACGAGCGCCUCAUGAACAUUUCCGGAAGACAAAACAUAUGUGUAGGAAGCUAUUUACAAUCCUACAAGUACUUCGAGCAUGUUCGGGACUCAAUCAAGAAACAAUUCACCUUCAAGAAGGAAAUCAAUGACAAAGCAAUGGGCAUUAUAAACGGUGCUAUAAACACGUUCCAUAAACGGAAUGUGACUGUGAAGGACACCCGCCCGUGUUGGUGGGCGUCCAUGUGA